CUGUAUGAUGUGUCAACAAUUUAGGUUCUUUUACGACGUCAAUGAGGACGGCGGGGGAGAAGAAUCUAGAAUAUUUACAUUUACUAUUUGAGCUUGAAUUGGACGGGACGGUGUUACGUUAGGUCUCUCUUGAAUGACGACAUAAGGUCUUGAGGAGAUGAGCUCACUGCACAAACACAAAAGACGGAUCAUGAAGCCGUUUAGUGUCAGCUAUCUACUACGCCCUUAUGUGUUAGUUUUGCUGUUUCAUGUAUGGAACAAUGUUAUCUUUUGUAAUGCAAUAGAGGACCAGCAUCACGAGGUCUCAUAUCUCCAUGGUGGAACCGUGUGCUUCACAUGUCCCCCAGGAACAUUCAGAUACAGACACUGCUCAAGGAACUUCACAUCCUCCGACUGUCGACCGUGUCCGCCUCAAACCUUCCAGUCCCACCACACACAGGCUCGACGGUGCCAAAACUGUCUUCAAGAAUGUCUACACGACACCAACAUGGUGGCUGUGAAAGCCUGCAGCAGGACAGCUGACCUGACUUGCAAGUGUAGAGAUGGGUAUUACCUGCACAAUGAUGGAUUCACUCACACAUGCAAGAAGCACACACCCUGUGAUAGGGAUCAGUACACUUUACAAAAUGGCACAGCCACGUCGGACUUCGUCUGCUCCAUGUGCCCAGAGAAUCAGUUCUACAAAGGUCAAGGACAGUGUGUGUCGUGUACAUCCUGUGAAUCUAUGAACAAGACACAACUGACGCCAUGUAGUUCUGAUGAGGAUGCAACAUGUCACGAAACACAGAGCACGUCAGUGACAGAGAUGACAGCACACAAUCCAAGCGAAAGUAACAACACUCCUUUCAUCAUUGCUGGAAUAUUGGGAGUCGCCAUUGUGGUUGUUGUGGCAGCGUUGGCUCUUAUAUUUCACUACAAGAGAAGGGAGCACACCAUCACUUUGCCGCUCAAUGUAGAAAGUCCCGACCCUGGAAAGCCGGAUGCCACAUCUUUACCACUUCUUGCUCAACGACAAGUGUCUUCCUCCUCGUCCACAUAUCAUCCUGCAGAGUUCCCGGAACUUGCGGAUCCGACUACAUGGACAAUGGAAGUAUUUCUGAUAUUAUCCCGAAGGCUCACACAAAACUGGAAAGCGUUUAUGCGGAAUCUACCAGGCGAUGCUACCUACAAUGCUGAGGUUCACUACAAGUGUGAACAAGUAGAACUGGAUGUUCAAGGGAUUCCUGAGCGGGUGUAUCAAAUGUUACAGUGGUGGUCAGUAUCCCAGUCUGGGCCUGACGUUUCAGUGGACAAUAUACUCUACACACUUCAUAAAAUCGGCGGCUGUGAAGAUGUACAAAAAGAAAUCAGACGUCACUGUUCAAAACUAACAAGAAGAAAAGCAAAGAAUAAUUCAAGCGCUAACGAUAAUAAUGACGCCUUAGCAGAAAGUGGUAGACUAAUGACGUCAUAGCAGAGUUGGUCGAAACAAUGACGUCAUUGCUGCCAGCAGGACUCUAAUUGCGUUACAGCAGAGAAUGAAUGGACAACAAUGACGCCAUAGCAGAAGUUAGGACACGUAUGACAUCACAGCUGAAAAUGAGUGGCCAACGAUGACGUCAUAACAAAGUGGGACACUAAUGACGUCAUAGCUGGUGUGGGUGGACGACAAUUGACAAUUAAGUUUUAGUCGAACUUUCUAACAACACCUGUUCGUCUGCUAAUAACACGACAUAAAUAUAUUGACUUUUGGAGAUACUCAUUUGAGAUUUUCCACACUGUGAGUAGCCAUGUGUAUAUCAAUGGUUCGUAGUAUUUGAGGGCAGAAUAUUAAAAAAAAUUAAGACAAACUCUGUUGACAUUUCGAUUUCAAGACAAAUCGACAGUCACAUGACUGACACGCAUUAUGACAGGCGUGUGUUUAUUUUAUGCUUGACUGAUUUCGAAGUACGAACAGUACAUAAUAAAUGACAAACAAUC